UUCAGAUGUGUUGUUUCGGAGAGAAAAUUCAGUACAAAAGAUAUUCAUUGUGGUUAGAGAAUAGUAUGGAAACUCACAAAGAGAUGGACCCACCUUAUCCUAGUGAAGAUAACAGACCUUAUCCGCCACCGUAUUCAGAACAUCCUAAAGACGUCAAUAAUUUUCCACAUCCAUUAGCGAAUCAACAGCCCUCAACUUCUUAUCCUACAGUAGCUGUACAUCCAGUUCCACAUCCAUUAGCGAAUCAACAGCCUUCAACUUCUUAUCCUAUAGAAGCUGUGCAUCCAGUUCCAAAUUCAAAUAUACCGCAUAUUUACCCACCAUAUCCACCACCACCAGUUACAUCACCACCAAGUGGAGUCACGACAAUUCAAGUGAUUGAAGCUCAGCCCGCUUUUGGUACUGAUAGUCAAUAUGCAAGGUGUACAAAUUGUGGAGUGCAAGGUUUUACGAUUAUUAAAUCAAAACCAACGACAACAACUCACAUUAUAGCACUAAUUUUGUGUUGUGUUAUAUUAUGGCCACUUGUAUGGAUUCCAUACGUAUGCAGUUCCUGCCAAAAAACGGUUCAUUAUUGCCCAAGUUGCAAUCAAUAUUUAGGGGAGAAUACAAAUUAAACAGUAUUAUGAACUUGAUUUGUAUAUUGUGUCCCAAUUAAAAUUAAUAAAGCAUUUACAUUAAACAUAAAUCGUAAA